GAAGUAGAGCACAGAGGGUUGUCAUGCAUAGUGAAAAGUGAAAACGCAAGCAAGAGAUCUUUCCAUUGGACAGCGAUCAAUGGCGGAGGACAUCUUCGAUGGGCUUCCUCCUCCUUCUGCAACACAUGAUGCGACAGUGGAGCAAGAGCGGCGGCCUUCGAACUCCGUACGGCCUCCUCCUGCCCUUAAGAGCGCCCUUAAGAGGGACAAGCCCUUGGAAUCUCUAGUUGAAGUGGCACCCCAAAAGCGCCUCAGAUUUAAAACGACAGUUGAUGCAACUGAAGCACAAGUAAUUGAAGCAAUGAAGAAAAUCACAUCACAUAUAAAAGUUCCUUCGAAGUUCAGCAAGGCUUCAAAGCUUGCUAUACAGCUGAUUCAGGCUGGUAGUGUAAAGCCAGAAAACAGUGAUCACUUCUUUGCUUUGCUGAAUGCUGCAAUGUCCUCUCCUAGUGCUUGCAAUGAACCUUCAUUAAGAGCAGAUUAUCAUGCCCUAUUCUCUGCAGCUCAAGAGGUCACUCAGUGUUUCAGUAAACAACAGAAGAAUCUUUUGGCAACCUGGAUUAUAAGGGCAUUGGUGGCCAAUGAUCUUUAUACUGAUGACAGCUUUGUGUACUCAAAGGCUGCUGGAAAGAUAAAGGAUGCCAUAUCUAAUCUCCCUGCUGCCACUGUGGAGGAUGAUAGGGAGGAAGCAGAAAUCCUGGAAAAACCUGAAAAUGCCCAGGCUUCUUUGGUUAGUGAUUCUGUAGAUGCUAUAUCAUCUUCUCCUUCAAAAUCAGAUAAGGAAGCUUUGGAUCCGUUUGGAUUGGAUGCUCUGCUUCUACCUACAGGCAAGAAAAAUGAAAAGCCCAAGGGAAAGGAGAUUGCUGCCUUAAACAAGAAGUUAGAAGAAGAAGAACAUAAGAGAUUUAUGAAGAAACAAAGAGAGGGUUUGCUUCUUUGUUUGGAGAUAGCUGCGCGGCGUUAUAAAAUUCCAUGGUGCCAAACUGUGAUUGAUAUUCUUGCAAAGCAUGCUUUUGACCACAUUGACAGAUUUACGUUGCGACAAAGAGAGGCAAUCGAAAAGCUUUGGACCUCCAUUAAAGAGCAGCAGAUUAGAAGGAAGCAAGGAAAAUCGGUUACUGGCAAGCUUGACAUGAAUGCUUUCGAGUGGCUGCAGGAGAAAUACGCUCAUGAGAAGAUAAGUAUACGACAUUCCGUUGGAGGUGGGGGAGAACGACAGGCACAGCAGUGGCUUGGUUAAUUUGUUUCUAAUGAAAACAACAUGUUACCAAAACAACAACAACAACAACAACAACAACAACAAGGUUGAUUAUAUUAACUUUAUUCUUGUAGUAGUUUCUACUUGUAAUGCAUUUUAUAAUCAGUCCAGCAAGGUUGUGUUUUAUUAAACAUGUAGUCUGUUAUUUUGCUAUUUGGUGUGUCCACAUGUAUCAACAUUAUCUAAAAUUCCUGCAAACAAACAAUGAGCAUAAUAGAGAAAAUGAAAAGCAGGGAUGAAUCCAAAUUCUGUAUAUUUUCUUCUA